AGCCAACAAACACGAUUCCCUCCUUCGCGCCUUAACGAGCCACUACUUGUCCCUCUUAGAUUCUGAGUAGUGCUCGCGUUUUUAUUCUAUCUUCUACAAUGGCUCCUAAAGGUGUUAGCAAUUGGCGUAGGCCUUAUACUUCUAUCUAUAAUGACAACUAUCGCUAUGGCACUGGACUUUACUCGGACACUCUCACAGACAUCGAAAAACGAUAUUCCGAUUCUUUAUCGAAAACUCAACUUCGAUCCGAUCGACCGGAUCUUGCAUUUACGACGUUUUCUGGCUCAAACCUAGCCUCAUCUCCAAAUCCUGCUGGAGAGUCAAACAGGGAAUUGGCCCGACAGAGUUCCAUGACCUCUUCGCCCAUCAAGGACCUCGUGAGGAGUCCAACCUUCGAAAGCAAGCUCAACUCGGCGAUGGCUUCGUCGUAUGCACUUGAUGACGAGGUCCAAGAUGUCAUCAACAGGCGGGAACAGAGGAAACAGCAAGCCAUUUCCAGAGUUUUCGAUGAAUCUACGAAAUCGAAAAGUAGGUCAGCGGAAGAGUCUAGCAGACCCAAGAGUCUGUAUGACGAUGCUUCUUUCUGGACCUUGCAGAAAACCACAGAACCUGAAAUCGAUAGUUCGAAACCUAAGCGCAAAUUCGGAACCGGACAUACUUCAACGAAUGGACCCAGUUCUUCCCAUUGGAGAGAAAAAAGUCGCGAACUCCAGGACCAAGUGGAUACCCUUGACAAAUCCAUGUCCGACGUGAGCAGCAAACUCCGAAAUGAACUGUCCACCCUCAAGUCCAGGUACCACACUGAAAUCAACGAUCUCAGCAGUUCCGUAGAAAACACUGGCCAGCAAGCCAGUGAACUACAGAAGGUCUGCAAAAGACAAGCCAAUCAGUUAUUGGAAUUGCAAUCUGCUUAUGAUGAUGCUCAACGAAACAUUAAUGAUGCACUAGAAGAGAUGAGUAUCUGGCAAAGUAAAUGCAAAUCUCUCAAAAAGGAAAUGGAUCGACUGAAGGAAGAAGUUGAGCAGGCAGUACACAAGAAAAGCAAAAACUAUGACUGAUGGAAUUCCAGAAGAGGUUGCAUAACAUAAUUCAAAUCAUGAUGUUUGAGUGAAAAUCCUUUUCCCCGUAGAUUUUCAUUUUAUCUGUAAUAGACAAUGUUUUGUGAACAUCUUUCAAAGACAUGGCAGUGUGUUAACAUCCUGUUGUCAUUCUUCAAAUGAUUAAUAUUGUCUCCUGAAUGACAAAACUUUGUAUUUAUCAAAUAAAUACUAAAAAAAUAG